CUAGGGCAUUUACCUCAGAAUUUCAGUCUCACCUCAGACGCCGAAUUUGCAGUGUAUAUUUUAGUCAUAAAAACAGACGUAACAUAAACACAAAUCAUGGACAAACACAGACGUCGUUCUCGUGACAGACGCAGGUCUAGGUCUCCCAGAGAUAGGAGAAGGAGCAGAUCGCGGUCCAACUCAAAAAAGCAGCGCUCUCGUCGCAGAAAACCAUCAUUGUACUGGGAUGUACCUCCUCCAGGUUUUGAGCACAUAACCCCGCUGCAAUAUAAGGCCAUGCAGGCUAGUGGACAAAUACCAGCUACUCAAAUUUUGGACACUCCACAAGCGGCUGUACCGGUUGUCGGCAGUACCAUCACCAGACAAGCUCGACGUCUGUAUGUGGGAAAUAUACCAUUUGGAGUUACAGAAGAAGAAAUGAUGGAGUUUUUUAACCAACAAAUGCACCUAUCGGGACUAGCGCAAGCUGCUGGUAAUCCUGUAUUAGCUUGUCAAAUAAAUUUGGACAAAAACUUUGCAUUCUUGGAAUUUCGAUCGAUCGAUGAGACGACCCAAGCCAUGGCUUUCGAUGGAAUCAACUUCAAGGGUCAAAGUUUGAAAAUUAGACGACCUCAUGAUUACCAGCCAAUGCCUGGAAUGACAGAUUCUGCUACUGCUGGACUAAAUGUACCAGCCGGUGUUAUCAGCACAGUCGUGCCAGAUUCUCCCCAUAAAAUAUUUAUCGGCGGUUUACCCAACUAUCUCAAUGAAGACCAGGUGAAAGAAUUACUACUGUCUUUUGGACAACUAAAAGCCUUCAAUUUAGUGAAAGACGCAGCUACCGGUCUCAGCAAAGGUUAUGCUUUUGCGGAAUAUGUUGAAUAUGCAAUCACUGAUCAGGCAAUCGCUGGUCUAAAUGGUAUGCAACUAGGAGACAAAAAACUUAUUGUUCAAAGAGCUAGUGUGGGUGCCAAAAAUGCAGCAGUUGGUCAAACCGCACCGGUACAAAUCCAAGUCCCUGGACUUUCGCUUGUUGGUACAUCUGGUCCUCCUACUGAAGUCUUAUGUUUACUCAACAUGGUAACACCGGACGAAUUGAAAGACGAAGAAGAGUACGAAGAUAUUUUGGAAGACAUUAAAGAAGAAUGUAACAAGUAUGGUGUUGUUCGAAGUGUUGAAAUACCUAGACCGAUUGAAGGUGUCGAUGUUCCUGGUUGUGGAAAGGUAUUUGUUGAGUUCAACUCAGUUAUUGACUGUCAAAAAGCUCAACAGGCUCUCACAGGAAGGAAAUUUAGUGACAGAGUUGUUGUGACGUCUUACUUUGAUCCUGACAAGUAUCAUCGUCGUGAGUUUUAAUGUUUGAAUCCAUAUAUUAAAAAAAAUAUGCUAAUAAAAAGUAUGCCACAUAUUUAUUGUGGUAAUGAAUAAAUAACCAAAC